AUGGAGGCUCCAGGGACCCCACGACCUCCUGGUGUCCUCGCGGGCGGAGGGAGUCAGGGGCCUGCGAACCCCGCUCCGGGGCCGAAGCAGCUCCCGGAGCUGAUCCGCCUGAAGCGUGACGGAAGCCGCCUGAGCGAGGCGGACAUCAGGGCCUUCGUGCGCGCCGUGGUGGACGGGAGCGCGCAGGGAGUGCAGAUCGGGGCCAUGCUCAUGGCCAUCCGACUUCGGGGCAUGGACCUGGAGGAAACCACAGCGUUGACCCAGGCCCUGGCCGAAUCCGGGCAGCAGCUGGAGUGGCCAGAGGCCUGGCAGGGGCAGCUUGUGGACAAACAUUCCACAGGGGGCGUGGGUGACAAGGUCAGCCUGGUCCUGGCACCUGCCCUGGCCGCCUGUGGCUGCAAGGUGCCAAUGAUUAGUGGACGCGGUCUUGGGCACACGGGGGGCACCCUGGAUAAGCUGGAGUCUAUUCCUGGAUUCACUGUCACCCAGAGCCCAGAGCAGAUGCGAGGGCUCCUGGAGCAAGUGGGCUGCUGUAUCGUGGGCCAGAGCAAGAAGCUGGUUCCUGCAGACGGAAUCCUGUAUGCAGCCAGGGACGUGACUGCCACUGUAGACAGCCUGCCCCUCGUCACAGCCUCCAUCCUCAGUAAGAAGGCCGUGGAAGGACUGAUGGCUCUGGUGGUGGACGUGAAGUUUGGGGGGGCUGCAGUCUUUCCCACUGAGGCCCAGGCCCGGGAGCUGGCAACGAUGCUGGUGGAGGUGGGGGCGGGCCUGGGGCUGCGGGUCGCAGCCGCCCUGACCUCCAUGGACACCCCCCUGGGCCGCAGCGUGGGCCACACCCUGGAGGUAGAAGAGGCGCUGCUUUGCAUGGACGGCGCGGGGCCCCCAGACCUGCGGGACCUGGUCACCCGGCUCGGGGGCGACCUGCUCUGGCUCAGCGGGCGCGCGCAGGCCCAGGCCGAGGGCGCCGCCCGGGUGGCCGCAGUACUGGACGACGGCUCCGCCCUGGGCCGCUUCGAGCGGAUGCUAACGGCGCAAGGCGUGGACAAGGACUUGGCUCGAGGCCUGUGCUCCGGGACCCCCGCGCGGCGCCGGCAGCUUCUGCCCCGCGCCCGGGAGCAGGAAGAGCUGCGCGCGGGCGCCGACGGCACCGUGGAGCUCAUCCGGGCGCUGCCGCUGGCGUUCGUACUGCACGAGCUCGGGGCCGGACGCAGCCGCGUCGGGGAGCCCCUCCGGCCCGCCGUGGGCGCCGAGCUGCUGGUGGGCGUGGGCCAGAGGUUGCGCCGCGGGACGCCCUGGCUCCGCGUGCACCUGGACGGACCCGCUCUCAGCGACCCCCAGCGCCGCACCCUGCAGGGGGCGCUCGUGCUCUCGGACCGCGCGCCGUUCGCCGCGCCCUCGCCGUUUGUGGAGUUAGUCCUGCCGCCGCCUGCGCGCGCGCCCGGGGAGCCGCAGCAGUAA